AUGAAGUAUACUCAUUUUGUAACUUACACAAAGAAUCUCCCUCUUUUAAAAUAAAUACUAACUGACUAACAAGGCAAAGAGGAUGUUAAGACUCUUGAAGAUAAGUAUGGGAAUAAGGUCGCUCAUAUUGCAGCUUAUCAAAAUGACAUUGAAAUCAUUCAAAUUCUCUCUGAAAAUGGCAUAAACAUCUAUGACUCUAAAAAUGAAAAAGGAGAAACUCCAUAGACUGUUGCUGAGAUUUACAAUAGUGAAAAGAUUUCUAGUUUCCUUAGUGUUAAUAGAAUACCUCCAAUUCAGAUGUACAACAGUUAAAAUAGGUCAUCAAUAUUUGCUAAUUCGCGUGAAAUUAUUAUGAAAGAAGAAUCGAAGUAGAAUGACAGGUUUGAUGCCUCUCGAGGCAAUAAAGCCCUUAGGGAAGUCAAAUAAAUUAAGAAAAAAUCCUCCAAGCAUCUGACUUAAAGUGAAGAAGAUGUUCUUAAGGAUAUAAAUGAGAAUUUUUCAAUGCAAUCUGAAAGAGAAAGUAAGGCUAAGCCUAAAACAAGUAAUAUUCUACCUUCCGUUUUAUGA